AUCGAUGGAUGCAGCCUGCUGUUCUUAGUUCUUUCACUUGUAGUCUGUUAGAGCGACAGAUUCUCUACCCAACUUUCGUUACUGUUGUUUUUUGUUGCUAAAGCACAUUACUGCCGAGUUAAUCAAUUACGCUCGUCUGCAUGCCUCCCUGGAUUGUGGCACCGCGGAGUCCUCUCACGUGCGCUUUUCGCGUUUGUGCCAUCUGAUUAGCCCAUUUGUGUAGGUUAUGGAGCUGGAGAGUGUGAGUGGAGAAUCCCUCAGCGAUAUCUCCCUCUCCAGCCCCAUCUGUGGAUUCCCCACCCAGCUAAAGGAUCACCCUCCUCCAGUGAAUGGAGUGGUGCAGUGCUGGACGCAUGAUGAGCUGCAGUGUUUCAUUGAGACCAGCAGUGUGAACACGGGGCUCCCUGACUACUACAGGACCAGCAGUUGUUACCUCACGUGUGAGGGGGACCAGGUUGAGAGAGAGAGCGUGUCCUCUCUAGUGAAGACUGAAGACGGGUGCUUGGGAGAUGCAGUCAGCCUCCUUGAGGAGGUCCCUGAGGAUGACAAGAGCAGGCGUCACAUGAGGACCCCUGAUGACAAGGACAUGUACGGAGAGAGCCGUAGCAUCAACGGGAUCUCAGAUGUGCCAAAGCAACCCUGCAGGCCGCUGCCACUCAAGAGGGUGUCGCAGUGCUGGGAGGGAGCCCUUGAGACUGAGGCAGCCAUAGUCUACUACGCCUCAGACGCAAGAGAGAGUUGGUGGAGAGAGGAGAAUAGUAGGUGCACGGACCGGGUGGAGGAGCUUCUUACACAACCGGAUCACUGCAUGGAGGAGAUGGAAAAAUGCACGAGGCACCAGUUGUACCUACAGCAGAGACUGCAGCAUGAGGAGGAGGAGGAGGAGGAGGAGGAGGAGGAGGUGUUUCCAAGGACCAGUCACCUUGGGAACUUCCUGAGGACGCUGGGAAUGAGGUUAAGGAAGAGGAGGACCCUCAAGAGGUUCCUUUGCUGCUUUCCGGCAUGUUCCUCUCGUGUGUCUCCUGCCUGAAGUUAACACCAGGGGCAUGGCACAGGCAGGCGUGAUAUGAUUUAGAUUUUACAAACCUUUGAAUAAAGUAUUUUUUCAUUCAC